CCAGAACCGCGGCAACUCAUGUUAUUAAUAAAACCGAUCGUUCUUAUUACGGUGACCCUCUGUAGCACCAUUAUUUUCAUACUAUUUUUCCGACCAAACCCACUUCAUCACAAACAAGACUCCAUGGCUCGAAGCUUUGUUCUGUGGCUCCAUGGUUUGGGUGACUCUGGCCCCGCCAAUGAACCCAUCAAGACACUCUUCACUUCUCCUGAGUUUAAAUUUACCAAAUGGUCCUUCCCUUCUGCUCCUAACAACCCUGUCACUUGCAACUAUGGCUUUGUGAUGCCUUCUUGGUUUGACAUUCAUGAGAUUCCUGUAACUGCUAAUUCACCGAAAGAUGAACCUGGUGUGCUCAAAGCGGUUCAGAACGUGCAUGUGAUGAUAGACAAGGAAGUAGCUGCUGGAACAGAUCCAAAAAAUGUGUUUGUGUGUGGAUUUAGUCAAGGAGGUGCCUUGACAUUGGCUAGUGUUCUGUUGUACCCAAAAACUCUUGGAGGAGGAGCAGUUUUCAGCGGAUGGAUUCCUUUCAAUUCUUCUUUGAUUGAAAAAUUUACUGCAGAUGCAAGAAAGACUCCAAUUUUGUGGUCUCAUGGAAUGGCUGACAGAACAGUAUUGUUUGAGGCUGGACAAGCAGGUCCACCUUUCCUUGAACAAGCUGGCGUAAGCUGCGAGUUUAAGGCUUAUCCUGGUCUUGGUCACUCCAUAAGCAACGAUGAGCUCCGGAAUCUUGAAUCAUGGAUCAAGAGUCGUCUGAGUAGUUCUUCCUAGAGGUGUGAGUAGUAUCGAAAUUGCAUCUGGUUAUGUCAUAGGCGCUAUUCUGAUUAUUACUUGUUAAAAUGAAUUGGAGAAAUGAAAAUUUUAUAAGAUAAUUAUGCAUAUUUGCGGUAAUAAAACUUGA